AUGAAGUUCGCCCCUAUCCUCCUUGCCUCCGCCGCGAGCGCCCACACCAUCUUCUCCUCCCUCGAGGUGAACGGUGUCAACCACGGUGUUGGUGGUGGUGUCCGUGUGCCCAGCUACAACGGCCCCAUUGAGAAUGUCGACUCUGCCUCGAUCGCCUGCAACGGUGCUCCCAACCCGACCACCCCCACCUCCAAGGUCAUCACCGUCCAGGCUGGUCAGAACGUGACCGCCAUCUGGCGCUACAUGCUCUCCACCACCGGCUCUGCCCCCAACGACAUCAUGGACAUCUCCCACAAGGGCCCCACCAUGGCCUACCUCAAGAAGGUCAACGACGCCACCACCGACUCUGGUGUCGGCGGCGGUUGGUUCAAGAUCCAGGAGGACGGCUACAACAACGGCGUCUGGGGCACCGAGAAGGUCAUCAACGGCCAGGGCCGCCACAGCAUCAAGAUCCCCUCCUGCAUCGCCCCCGGCCAGUACCUCCUCCGUGCUGAGAUGCUUGCUCUCCACGGUGCCGGCAACUACCCCGGUGCUCAGUUCUACAUGGAGUGUGCUCAGCUCAACAUUGUCGGCGGUACCGGCAGCAAGACCCCCUCCACCGUUGCCUUCCCCGGUGCUUACUCUGGCUCCCACCCCGGUGUCAAGAUCAGCAUCUACUGGCCCCCUGUCACCAACUACCAGAUCCCCGGCCCCUCGGUCUUCACCUGCUAA